ACGAGGUUAUCACUUAUCAGCAGCCAAAAUGAUAAGAGGUAGUAAUAGUAAUAGUACGAUCGAGACGUUUAUUUGACGAUUGUACGUAUUCUUGUUAAAGGCUAAUUGUUGAGUAUUUUCAUGGUUACAUCAGUACUUCUUAUGCGACCGAAGCAAUCAAGAGUUAUUUUUGACGUCGCAGUUUUGAAGAUAAAAGAAUGGAAGAUGUCUUUAACAAAUCAAAUGUUCGACUGUAUAAAAACAAAUAAUUUGACAAAAGAUGAACUGAAUCGAAUAACUGAUGAUGUAAGUAAAGCUUUAAUUGACCCAAAAGGCAAUGAACUUUUUGAAAGCUAUCUUUCUCGAUUCGAGUUUUCGGAUGGCUUGGCAAGUUUGAAGUUGUACAACACCUGUUCAAAGAUCCUGAAUGAAAAGCAGAAUAGUUCGAGUCAAGGAAAUUUAUCGAAAGAAUCAUUGGAAUCACUUAUUACUAAAGUAAAAAUGAUAAAGGAUACUAUCGAAGAAGAAGAUGUAACUGCAAUAGAUUUUCGUGUUAUGGCAGACUUGAACAAAGCCUUGGAAACAGAAAACAAAGAAAAGUUACUCGGCGUAUUAGAAAGAGUCAAAGAGGAAUGUCAAGACAGUUUACGAGAUUUACACCAAAAUUUUAGACGUUAUAUUUUGGAAAAAUAAUGUUAAAAAGUUUUUUUUAAAU